AUGGUGAGGACCUGGAAGUGGCAGUGUGGUGAAGGUGAAGGUGUGACCUCAAGCGGCCGAGUCCACUGGUACGUGCUCUUCGCGGAACCUUGGACCAAGCAUCUGAAGGGCCACUCCGGGUCCUUGCGCCGUGCGGUGCAAGACUUCCCGACCUUCACCGAGCACCUCCAGACGCCAGCAUCCCGGAAGGAGGUCUGGCAACGGUUCAACUCCCACGUGCUCGAGAAGAAGGAGCAGGAUAUGGCAGAGCUUGCCCUGAAGAUGGUGGCGCUCACUGAGCAGAAAGAAGGCAAUGGCACCGACGGCCCCCAGGUACCGAAAGGGACGGAGCACUUGGACGUUGACAUUGCAGACAUGGCCGAGAAGGUUCAAGAGCUCUACCCAAAGAGCAAGUGGUUCUUCCUGUUAGAGCUGUUCUGGUCCUGCUCAUGGUCAUGGUUGCGGACUCUCUUCAGGGUGGCGAUGACAGUGGCAGUCAUGACCCUUCCGAGAGACUCCGGGAACUCCGAUUCAAGGACGAUAGAAUGCUCCUUCGUGCUGAUGGGGUUGUUGGCGUUCGCAGGCUUGAUGAAGGCAAACCGUUGGGAGUUUGUGAACGACUGGGAAAUUCUUCUCUACGCGCUAUCGCUGGGAGUCCUAAUCCUGCUGCAGGCCGGGAACACGGUCUCCGUCGCAGUCCUGGCGAGCGCUACCGUUUUCGUGGCCGUGGCUCCGGUUCUCCUCUACCUUUUCGCAUUUGCCAUCCGCCGCUGCCUCACCAACGUGGAGGCGACGCAGAGCAAGCCCAAGUCACAGGCGUUGGAGGGCAUCAUCCACAAAUGCUUUGCCAAGGAAGCCGAAGGAAACGAGGGGCCCACCGUCCAGGCGGUCGACGUCGCCUUCUGA